AUGGUGAGAGCAGAUCGUGUUGACAGUGUGUGUAACUGUACAGUGGACUGUGUUAUCAGCUGUAAUGCUGGAGAAUACUUCGAUUCGGGAAAUUGUCUGACAUGCCCAACAGGACACUAUUGUGUGGGUGGAAGUGCAUCAAAAACGGAAUGUGCUGUUGGAUCGUAUAAUGGAAAUACAGGCAGCUCUGCAGUAUCUGACUGCACGACCUGCACCGCCGGACAGAUCAGUGCAGCUGGUUCUGCAAGCUGUUCUCUGUGUCCUGCAGGCUACAGCUGUAGUGGUGGGACGACGUCAGGCACGUGCACGUCUCCGCAGUACUCGGUGGAGGGGGAUGAUGUGUGUAAUGCAUGUCCAUCCGGGAAAAUCUGCCCAACAACUACAAAUCCACCAACGGCCUGUGAUCCGGGUAAAGAAGCAAAUGCAAGUCAAACAGCUUGUGUUGACUGUAGUACUGGAUCAUAUCGAGCUGCCUCAGAUACAUCAUGCCUCACCUGUCCAAAAGGCUAUAAAUGUCCGACCGGUAUGAUGAGUGCAGCAAUCAUUUGUCCAAGCGGGAAGUACCAAACAGCAACAGGUCAGACUUCCUGUGAUGACUGCCCCGCGGGGUCAGAGUGCACUGACACGACAACAGCCAAUCAGUGUGCAGCUGGCAAGUAUGCCACUCUAGGAUCAGGCGUCUGUACAAGCUGUUCUACAGGAACGUACAGCUUGGCAGAGGCAGACAACUGUACUGCGUGUGAUCCAGGAUACGACUGUAUAGCUCGUGAUGCCGCACCUUCAUUGUGUGCGGCGGGGACAUACAAUCCGGGCGGAAACCAAGGAUGUCUUGUGUGUGCUCCAGGUUAUUACAGCAAGACAGGUGCAGGUAGCUGCACAAUAUGUCCAGCAGGAAAGAACUGCACGGAUCCAGCAGUCUCGGGAUCAAAUCCACCUGACUGCGAGGCAGGCAGCUACAGUGCAGAGGGAGAUUCCAGCUGUACAAACUGCCCCACAGGAUACUACAGCCCUGGAUCUGUUGCAGCUUGUACCAUUUGCCCUGCUGGCAAGGACUGCACCAACCCUGCUCUUCCGUUAUCCUCCCUCCCAGACUGUCCAGCAGGAACUUACAGUGCCGAAGGUUCAGCUGCAUGCACAAACUGUGCAACAGGAUAUUACAGCCCUGGGGCUGCUGCAGCUUGUACCAUUUGCCCUGCUGGCAAGGAUUGCUCAAACCCAGCUCUUCUGUUAUCCUCCCUCCCAGAUUGUCCAGCAGGAAUGUACAGUGCCGAGGGAGUCGGCUCUUGUUCGAAUUGUGCUGCAGGAUACUUUAGCAGAGCAGCAGAGGCAAACUGCACGAUAUGUCCAGCAGGAAAGAACUGUAGCAAUCCAGCUGUAACUGGUUCUGUUCCAGAUGACUGCCCAGCAGGAACGUUCAGUAAUGAGGGUGAUCAAGGAUGUACCCAGUGCAUUAGUGGAUACUACAGUUCAGCUGGCGCUACAAGUUGUACCAUUUGUCCUGCAGGCCAAAGCUGCAUUAGUGAUACACUUACAAACUGUGCCCCAGGAACCUUCAGCAAGGAAGGAGAAUCAAACUGUAGUUCGUGUCUUUCUGGGUAUUACAGCCAAUCUACAGCAGGCAUCUGUACGAUCUGCCCAGCUGGAAAGAACUGCUCUGAUCCGGCUGUAACUGGUGUAUUACCAGAUGACUGUCCUGUGGGAACAUUCAGUAAAGAAGGUGACUCCGGCUGUACUCAGUGUGAUGGAGGAUAUUACAGCUCAUUGGGAUCAAGCAGCUGCACAGUUUGUCCAGGAGGAAAGAGUUGCAGUGGGGAUGUAUUGACAGACUGCAGUGCAGGCACUUACAGCAAGGCAGGGGAACUGAUCUGUAAAACCUGUCUCUCUGGAUAUUACAGUAACUCAGCAGCAGAUAUAUGUACCAUCUGCCCGGCUGGAAAGAACUGCUCAGAUCCAGCUGUAACUGGUUCUGUUCCAGACAACUGCCCAGCAGGAACGUUCAGUAAUGAGGGUGAUCAAGGAUGUACCCAGUGCAUUAGUGGAUACUACAGUUCAGCUGGCGCUACAAGUUGUACCAUCUGUUCUGCAGGCCAAAGCUGCAUUAGUGAUACACUUACAAACUGUGCCCCAGGAACCUUCAGCAAGGAAGGAGAAUCAAACUGUAGUUCGUGUCUUUCUGGGUAUUACAGCCAAUCUACAGCAGGUAUCUGUACGAUCUGCCCAGCUGGAAAGAACUGCUCUGAUCCGGCUGUAACUGGUGUAUUACCAGAUGACUGUCCUGUGGGAACAUUCAGUAAAGAAGGUGACUCCGGCUGUACUCAGUGUGAUGGAGGAUAUUACAGCUCAUUGGGAUCAAGCAGCUGCACAGUUUGUCCAGGAGGAAAGAGUUGCAGUGGGGAUGUAUUGACAGACUGCAGUGCAGGCACUUACAGCAAGGCAGGGGAACUGACCUGCAAAACCUGUCUCUCUGGAUAUUACAGUAACUCAGCAGCAGAUAUUUGUACGAUCUGCCCGGCUGGAAAGAACUGCUCAGAUCCAGCUGUAACUGUUUCGGUUCCAGAUGACUGCCCAGCAGGAAAAUUCAGUAAUGAGGGAGACCAAGGAUGUACCCAGUGUCUUGGUGGAUACUACAGUUCAGCUGGUGCUACAAGUUGUACCAUUUGUCCUGCAGGCCAAAGCUGCAUUAGUGAUACACUUACAAACUGUGCCCCAGGAACCUUCAGCAAGGAAGGAGAAUCAAACUGUAGUUCGUGUCUUUCUGGGUAUUACAGCCAAUCUACAGCAGGCAUCUGUACGAUCUGCCCAGCUGGAAAGAACUGCUCUGAUCCAGCUGUAACUGGUUCAGUGCCAGUCGACUGCCCAGCAGGAACAUUCAGUAAUGAAGGUGAUUCCGGUUGCACCCAGUGUGAAGCUGCCUACUACAGCUCUGCAGGUUCUACAAGCUGUACAAUCUGUCCUGCGGGGAAAAGUUGCAGUGGUGAUACACUAACGGACUGUGCCCCAGGAACUUACAGCAAGGCGGGCGAAACUGUUUGCAGUCCAUGUCUUUCUGGGUACUACAGCAAAACUGGGGCAGGAUUGUGUACAGUUUGUCCUGGUGGAAGUAACUGCAUUGAUCCUGCCGUGUUGGGUUCUGAUCCUCCUCUGUGCCCUGCUGGAACAUUCAGCAAUGUAGGCGAUACGGGAUGCACAUCUUGUGAAGCAGGUUACCAUAGUGAUGCUGGUGCUACAACGUGCACCAAGUGUCCAGCCGGCCGUGACUGCACCAACUCUGCUUUAGCAACAGCCAGCCUCCCAGUGUGUACUCCGGGGACCUACAGCAAGGAAGGAGACGUAGGCUGUCAACCAUGUGCUGCUGGAUUCUUCAGUCUGUCUGGAGCAGACGUCUGCACUGUCUGUCCAGCGGGAAAGGAUUGCAGCAAUGUGACAACCAUCACUACCACUCCUCCAGACUGUGCUGCAGGAUCUUUCAGCUUGCAAGGGGACUACGGCUGCACGAACUGCCCCAUAGGAUCUUACACCAGUUCUCCAGGUCAGGGCAGCUGUACGCAGUGUCGUGCUGGGUACUAUUGUGACUUCACGUCGGAAACUCAGUGUGGGGCCGGGAAAUACAGCACCUCCGGUUCAACCCUCUGUACCAGCUGCCCCGCAGGAUAUGAGUGCCCCGGACUGACCGACGCAGCACCCUCUAUUUGUUCGGCCGGGACGUACUCGAGCAAUGGUUCCAGCACGUGCACCUCGUGUGAAGCAGGUCACUACUGUCCGACAGAUGGGAUGGGUUCGGCCAUUCAAUGUGCGGCUGGACACUACCAGACAGGAACUGGCCAGACGUCGUGUACCGAGUGUGCACAAGGAUACAAGUGCACCGACCGUACCCAGAGUGCUAAAGCUUGUCCUGUAGGACAGUACCAAGAUGGCCGAGGAAUGGAGGCCUGCAAAUCGUGUCCGUCUGGCUACUACAACACAGGAACUGCUACAAUACAGUGCACGAUCUGUCCAGCAGGAUCAAAGUGUCCUGAUCCAACAGCGUCACCUGUACUGUGUGCCAGUGGAGAGUUUUCUAACGAAGGAGCCACAGCUUGUCAGGCGUGUCCAGUUGGUCAGAUCUGUUCUGGAGGAAGCCCAGUGUCCUGCCUGAGUGGGCAGUACUCAAAUGGAACUGGUUGUGUGGACUGCCCUGUUGGAUAUGCGUGUCCAUCACCCAUCUCGGGACGACAGGCCUGCCCCUCGGGGACGUACCAGGACCAGACAAAACAGACGAACUGUCUGAGCUGCCCGCUGGGGAAAUCUUGUCUCGACGUUUCUCAGACACCGGUCAGCUGUAACGCUGGAUUCCUCAGCCUGGCAGGAGAGGCAGCCUGCAGAAGUUGUCCCAAUGGUUACUACAGCAGUUCUGGGGCUGGGUCAUGCCAACAGUGCCCUGCAGGUCAGAAAUGUUUUGACGGAUCCAGCUUCAUCACCCCGACAGAUUGUCUUGCUGGAACCUUCUCACGCGUUGCCGAAUCAACUUGCACAGCCUGUGAUGCAGGUACAUACAGUGAUAUUAAAGCAUCAUCCUGUUCUCUCUGCCCGGCUGGGAAAUCAUGCAAUGAUCCAUCUGCUACACCAGUCAGCUGUGACCCUGGAACCUACAGCUCUACAGGAAAGACCGUCAGCUGUACUCCGUGUCCUGCUGGCUUCGAGUGUCCCACCACCUCGGCCACACCCACAGCCUGUCAAUCAGGUUUCUACUCGCCAGCGAACCAGACCGCCUGCCUCCAGUGCCCCACCGGUCAGUCCUGCAUAGAUCCAUCCCAGGCCCCGGUCAACUGUCAGACUGGCCAGUACAGUCCACAGGGUUCCAGCACAUGCAGCCAGUGCCCUGCUGGUUAUGACUGCAAUCCUUCCCAGGACUCCCUUCCACCGUGCAGUUCUGGCAACUACAGCACCGCAGGUCAACCUUGUCAGACGUGUCCGCCUGGCACGUAUUGUCCGUUCCCGAGUAUCGGUCCAAUCUCAUGUAAGACAGGGACAUACUCCCUCGGUUCUGCUACUACGUGCACCGUCUGUCCAGCGGGAAGCUACUGUGCCUCAGCGAGCUCUGAUGCAGUCCUCUGCAGUGCUGGACAGUUCAGUUCUGUAGGCUCCACCUCCUGUUCACCGUGCCCCGCUGGUUACUACUGCACUGCAGGCACGGCCACACCCACAGCCUGCACCCCCGGGACAUAUGCUGUAGCAGGACAGUCUAGCUGCACUGGUUGUCCAUCAGGGCACGCCUGUCCAUCAACAACAACGGGAACCACAUACCUUUGUCCUGGAGGAACCUACUCCCUGGGUAACCAGUCAAGCUGUACCCCAUGCACCGCAGGAUCCGCAUGUCCAGACACCUCAACAGACACGGCUGUCUCAUGUUCGGUCGGGUUCUAUGCCGAGACGGGAUCGCCAGCAUGUCAGCCGUGUCCUGCGGGAUGGCAGUGUCCGACAACUGAUGGACUGAGCAACGCACGCUGUCAGACGGGCUACUACUCCCUUGGCAACGCCACAGCUUGCACCGAGUGUCCAACGGGAAAGGCCUGUCCUUCCACAAGCACCAACCAAAUCAUUGACUGUGCCUCAGGAACGUAUUCUGUUGGCAAGCAGACGUCGUGCACCAUCUGCCCGAAAGGGUACGAAUGCCCCGACAUCAACGCUAACACGGAAACAAAGUGUUCUAACGGUUAUUACAGCGAAGGAGGCCGAGCUGCCUGUGUCCAGUGUCCUGCCGGGUUCAGGUGUCCGACGAUUUACGAUGACUACAAGAUCACCUGUACUCCGGGAACGUUUUCCGAGGCGGGUGCGACUGCGUGCACCCUGUGUCCAGCCGGCGAGGAGUGUCCUAAGAACAACCAGACGGGAACACCUUGUACCGACGGAUUCUACAGUCUGGCCGGUCAGACGGCCUGCUCACCAUGUUCAGCUGGUUAUCAGUGUGCUACCAAGAAUGUCAAACCAGUCAUUUGUCCGGCAGGUCAGUACAGCAGUGCACAGGCCAUCACCUGUACCAACUGCGACGCCGGUUAUGCCUGUCUUGAGGGUAGCAGCCGCAAAGACCCACCAGCAGCCUUAUGCCGACUAGGAUACUUCUGUCCUGAUGGUAAAGCAGAAACCAAAUGUCUUGCUGGCACGUAUGGUGAUAUCAGAGGCUUGACAGCAGCUACCGAUUGCAAGGACUGUCCUCAGGGUUACUACUGCCCAGAAGGAACAGCUGGUCAACCGACCUCCAGUCUCAUUUGUCCCAAAGGUCACUUCUGCCCGACAAAGACGGCAGACUACAAAGAAAAUCCAUGUGCAGGAGGAACGUUCUACAACAACCUUGGUGCUGUUGCUCAGACAGAGUGUAAAGACUGUUCUCAGGGUCGAUUCUGUCCAGCUGGUACCCCCGACGACUGGCACGACUCCAACGAGUGCCCUAGGGGAAGCUACUGUCCCGUAAAAAGCGCCAGCCCCAUACCUUGCCCUGCAGGAAUGUACACUGCCGAGACUGGAUCGACCGGUCUGGAAUUCUGCCGCAUAUGUCCUGCUGGACAUUACUGUGAAUCUGGAACCCCAACACCUACGCCGUGUGACAGAGGAUUCUUUAAUCCUUACACGGAACAAAACAGCUCUGCGAAUUGUGCCCCCUGCACUUCCGGUUUCGCCUGCACAUCAUUCGGACUCACGGAACCAAACUACCCUUGUUCUCCGGGCUACUACUGUCCUGGAGGGAACUACUUACCCAACCAGACUGAGUAUGCAUGUCCUGCUGGCACGUUCACCAACUUCAACAAUCUGACGUCCAUCGACCAGUGUCAGGAUUGCGAAGUGACUGUGGCUUGUUUGAUAGGGACCGGAGGACUCCAGAAACCUCCUGUGUCCUGUGCUAAGGGUCACUACUGUCCUGUGAAGACUGGUUCACCAACUCAGUAUCCGUGUGCUGCCGGGACUUGGACGAAUCUCACUAACCUGGCCAAUCAGAAGGGAUGCUAUCCGUGUCCGGUGGGCUACUACUGUUUGGAGGGAUCUCCUGCACCAACCGAUGUCUGUGCUAAAGGGCACUGGUGUCCAAUCAACACGGAGUAUGCAACACAACAUCCCUGUCAUGCUGGUUCCUAUAGCAACAAAACAGGAAACAUCCGGUGGGAGCAGUGUGAAGAUUGCCCCCCGGGUCACUACUGUCCGGAGGCUUCCAUCCUGCCAACAGGUUGCCCUGCAGGGACGUACUACGAGAAUGAGAAGGCGGAGAAGGUCCAGGACUGUGUGGACUGCAAGGCCGGCUUUUACUGUCCGGGUCUGAGCAACACUGAACCGUUGCCAUGCGAGAAGGGAAACUACUCUGCCUCGGGGGCUGCAGCAUGCACACUGUGUGAAGCUGGGUAUUACUGUGACCAGAAUGCCACCAGCAACACUUUCAUGUUGGCAGAACGCAUCUGUCCCGCAGGUGUGGAAUGCCCCCCUGGAAUGGUCAAACAACCGGAUCUCAUUGCAGACAAGUGUCGGACCGGUCACUACUGUCCAGCGGGCGAUAUCAACCCUUACCCCGUGCCCUGCCCCAAGGGAACCUUCAACCCGGACUACGGAAGAAAACAGGUCUCGGACUGUGUGUACUGCACUCCUGGCCAGUACUGCGACGUGGAGGGUCUGAACACCACCGCCGGAGACUGCCCUGGGGGUUACUACUGCCCCCUGGGAACAGGCAACCAGGACACCUACCCGUGUCCUAUAGGAUUCUACAGGAAUGGGUCGGCCCGAGAGUCCUUCCAGGACUGUACUGAGUGUAUCUCCGGUUUCUACUGCGACCGAGAAGGUCUCGCUGUGCCCAUCGACUGCCCGCCGGGCUAUUUCUGCGUCAGCGGCAGCACGUUCGCUCAGCCAUGUCCACUCGGCACGUACAGCAACUCAACGAAGCUCCGUCGGAGCACGGACUGCACGCCAUGCCCCGGCGGCUACUACUGCGACGGAAUCGGUCGCACAGAACCAAUGGACAUCUGCGACGCAGGUUUCUUCUGCCGUGAGAAGGCGUACACGUCGGCUCCUCCCACGGGGGCCACAGGGGGAGUGUGCGAAGCCGGCGGCUACUGUCCGCCCGGGUCGGCGUUCCCCACGGCGUGUCCAGUCGGCAAAUACAGCAAGUCGAAAGGCGCGAAGACCGAGUUCGACUGCAUCCCGUGCGAUCCAGGGUUCUUUUGUGCCGGAUCGAGCAGCAGCAAUGCAUCGGAACAGUGUGCCGCUGGGUACUACUGCACGGGAGGCUCGGGGAUCCCAACGCAGUUCGAGACGAGCGAGGGGCACUACACGCUGAAAGGAGCCUUCAAAGAGGAGCCGUGUCCACCGGGGAAGUACCAGCCUGCCCGGCGGUCAGCCGAAUGUCUGCUGUGUCCGCAGGGAUACUUCUGCAAUGGGACCGGAACGGUCAGCGCAAUCAUCUGUCCCAAAGGUAGCUACUGUCCCGAGGGCAGCCAGAACCCGGUCCCAUGUCCUCGUGGGACUUUCUUGAAGGACACGGGACAGUAUAAAGAGGAACACUGCAACCCUUGUACUCAGGGCUGGGCCUGUGAAGAAUUCGGUCUCGUGGAACCCGUCACCAAAUGCAAUCCGGGUCACUACUGCAUGUCCGGUUCGAAUACGUCUCAUCCGGUGGCAAUGCCGUUUGGUGAUCUGUGUCCUCCCGGUUACUUCUGUCCUGAGGGGACUGCGGACUAUGUGCACACACCAUGUUCUAACGGGACAUAUGGGAACUACUCUGGACUGGAUGCCGAGGAGAACUGCACGCGGUGCGAUCCAGGCAGAGUGUGUAACGGGUUCGCACUCACCGAGCCCAACGGAAUCUGUGCGGCAGGUUAUUUCUGCCGCGGAGGAGCCAAGACGGACAUGCCCAGCGAUGGAGGAGCCACAGGAAACCCGUGCACCAAGGGCUCCUACUGUCCUCCUGGAACAGGUGAGCCUCUACAAUGUCCGUCUGGCUCGUACACAAACAGUACUGGACUGGAUCACUGCAUGGGUUGUCCGCCCAGUUUCUACUGUCCAGCAGGAGAACUGGUCCUGCGAUGUCCCAGAGGGCGCUACUGUCCAGGAAAUACAACAACAGACCAGCCUAAGUGCCCACGAGGAACGUACAACCCAGAGUUUGAAUUGUCCAGUAUUUCCGAAUGUCGGCCAUGUCUGGGAGGGUUUUACUGUCACUCACUGGGAGCCAUUAACUUCGACUUCAGUGAGAAUGAUACCGGAACAGGACCUUGCAGUCAGGGAUAUUACUGUAAACAAGGUGUGAACGUGAGUACUCCAACACCUGAGACGACCAGCGGUAUAGGAGGACCCUGUCCUCCCGGCUUUUUCUGUCCCCAGCAAACUGAGGACCCUACACCCUGCCCCAAUGGGACCUACCGAGAUGCCAUCUUGGGUAUUUCGUCCACCGACUGUCUUGACUGCAAGCUCGGGUCCUACUGUAAUGGAGUGAACCUGUCUGAUGUUUCCGGUCCGUGUGAUGCUGGCUUCUACUGCUUACGGGGAAAUAAAGAUGCAGCACCAACAGGUGCAGAUCGAAGUAUUGGAGGUCCUUGUCCGAUAGGCCACUACUGUCCAACAGGAACAUCGUACCCACUGGAGUGUCCCUCGGGAACGUACAACAACAUCACUGGACGUGCCGAAUGCUUUGGCUGCCCCUCCGGCUACUUCUGUCCUGAGAACAUCACCAACUACGAGCUGUACCCGUGUCCAGUUGGUCACUACUGUCCGAACAACACGAGAACCCAUGAUGAGUAUCCCUGUCCGAGAGGCUUCUUCCGGAACUCCACUCUCGGCCAAAAGGUCGAGGAUUGUCUCCCUUGCCCCGGGGGCCAAUACUGUCAAGACAUCGGACUGAGCUCACCAUCCGGACAGUGUGAUCCAGGUUAUUUCUGUGUGCAUGCCGCAUGGUCUAAACAGCCAACGGACUACAACAACUACACCUACAAUGACUGUCUGUGUCCUAGCAAUUCGACUGGCGGUCAGUGUCGGCCAGGUUUCUUCUGUCCACAAGGGUCCAGUGAACCAACACCGUGCAGUGAGGGAAAAUACUGUGCCACCUCAGGUUUAUCAGUGGUGACUGGCCCCUGUCAGGCUGGAUACUACUGUAACAACAUGGCCACCCGCCCAGACCCCACCGAUGGAGUAACGGGUGAUGUCUGUCCUCCAGGCAGAUACUGUGAGACUGGCAGUACAUCUAACCAGGCGCAGUGUCCGACUGGGACGUUCUCCAACAACACGGGGAACGCAGUCAUGGCCGACUGCACCAACUGUACACAGGGCUACUACUGCUCUUCCACGGGGCUCACAGCUCCAACCGGGCCCUGUGACGAAGGAUACUAUUGUCCUCCUGGCCAAUCAGUGAGCAAUCCCUUCAGCUGUACACCAGGAAACUACUGUCCUUCAGGCAGCUUCGAACAAGUGCACUGUCCUUCCGGAACCUACCAGGACCAAAGUGGACAGGGCCUGUGUAAAGAAUGUGUUGCAGGUUACUACUGUGAUGAAGUGAACAGUCUGAAUUCCUACACAUCGUACCCGUGUCCCGAGGGUCACUACUGUCCAAACGGGACCAAGUGGGACACCCAGUACGGCUGUCCCCUAGGGAGUUACAGCCCCAACACCAAGCUGGAAUCGGUGGACGAAUGUCUGAUGUGUGAUGCUGGCUCGUACUGUGGAAACGUGGGAUGGACCAAUGUAACAGGAGACUGUGAUGCUGGAUUCUGGUGUAAGAACGGCUCAUCCAGCCCCACACCUGUCGAUGGAGUUACUGGAGACCGCUGCCCAGAGGGAUACUUCUGUCUGGCUGGAACUUCCUCUCCAGACCCUUGUCCCCUGGGCACCAUGUCCAACAGCACCGGUCUGAAGAGUGCCUUGGAAUGUCAGGCCUGCCCUGGAGGCUACUACUGCGAAUCCACCGGUCUUAAAGAACCCACGGGACCUUGUUCCCCGAGGUACUACUGCAGUGGUGGAGCGAAAACAUCAACUCCUAGCGAUGGUGGAACUACUGGUGAUCCAUGCACGGUGGGACACUAUUGUCCUGAGGGAACAGCUAUGCCUAUAGAAUGUCCCGAUGGAACGUACAUGACAAACACUGCAGCAGACAUCUGUUGGAACUGCACCCCCGGACACUACUGCGUGUCUGGAGGGACUCCCGAGGUGUGUCCUCAAGGCUACUACUGCCCCGAAGGUACUGGGAAGGUCUGGAAGUCGUGUCCAUUGGGAACUUUCAGCACAAACACGGGACUGUGGCUGUCUGAAAACUGUACUCAGUGCACUGGAGGCUUCUACUGUUCGGAGACCAAUGCUACCGGUGUCACAGGCCAGUGUGAGGCUGGCUACUACUGCACUCUGGGAUCGGAUUCAGCCACUCCUGAUGUGAACACAACGGGAGAUUCAGGACCUUGUCCUGUUGGUCAUUACUGCCCAGCUGGAACCCUCUCGCCACUGAGAUGUCCGCUGGGAACGUUCAACAACAACACGAAAGCUGUGAACGAAUCAACCUGCACGCCAUGUUCGUAUGGACAGUACUGUGGCCAGGAAGGAUUAGGGGAACCAUCAGGAGCCUGUUGGGCAGGAUUCUUCUGUCUGCUUGGAGCCAAGUAUCCCAACAACCCAACCCUCGACUCUUCAGGAGGCCCUUGUCCUAUAGGACACUACUGCCCUAAUGGAACAGCAUACCCUCUAGGCUGCAAUGCAGGAACCUACAGCAUGGUAACGGGGCUGGCAGAAUGCGUCGCCUGUCCAGCUGGAUUUUACUGUCCGGAGAACGCCACUGACUAUUCGGGGACUCCGUGUCCCACAGGACAUUACUGUCCUCAAGGAACUGCCAAUCCGAAUGACUAUCCCUGUGAUAGAGGGUCGUACAACAACCACACCCAGAAACAAAGCAAGGCUGACUGUGCCCCAUGUGAGCCAGGGCUGUACUGUGCCACCUCGGGGCUGACGUAUCCCACAGAUCUGUGCGCCGAGGGCUGGUACUGUGUGAGAGGGGCAUGGUCCGACAAGCCGACAGAGAUCGGAAACUACACAGCGUCAAAUUGCUCGUGUCCGGCAGAUUUGACCGGCGGUCAGUGUCAACCUGGUCAGUUCUGUCCUCGAGGAUCAAGUGAACCACAGGCCUGUCUUCCUGGUCACUACUGCGAGUCGUCGGGUCUGGCCAAUGUGACAGGCUCCUGCUCUGCGGGAUACUACUGUACCCUAGCCGCCAUACGACCGGACCCACAGGGAGAUGCCACUGGAGGAACUUGUCCCACAGGAAACUACUGCCCGGUUGCCACCAGCAACCCCAACAAGUGUUCUCCGGGCUACUACUCCAACUCUACAGGAAACAGGGAGCUAGCCGAUUGCAAGCUGUGCACACCAGGGAUGUAUUGUGAGAGCUAUGGUCUAGAAGCCCCCACUGGACUCUGUGAUCAGGGGUACUACUGCCCUGAAGGGCAGAACACCAGCACCCCCAACCAGUACACAUGCACCCCAGGACACUACUGUGUGCAGGGCAGCACUGACCAGCUAGCUUGUGCAUCUGGAACCUAUCAAGAUGAAUUUACUCAGUCUAACUGCAAACAGUGUCCUGAAGGCUAUUACUGCGACGGAACCAUUCAGAACGACACCAUCUGCAGUCAUGGAGUUCAGAACCCAUCGCUGUGUGAACCGGGCAGCUACUGUCCACCAGGAACGAAGUUCUCCGCGGAGUACCGAUGUCCGAACGGAACGUACAACGACCAGUUCGGUCUGAAGGUCAUUGCGGAAUGCACCCAGUGUUCGGCUGGACACUACUGCGGACAGGAAGGGCUGGCGGCGCCAUCUGGUCUAUGUCAGGCGGGAUACUUCUGUAGCUCUGGUGCGUCAGUACCCACACCUGGCGACGGGACGACGGGAAACAUCUGUCCCAAGGGAGACUACUGCCCUGCCGGUUCCAACUCCAGCACCCUGUGUCCUCCAGGGACGUAUAAUCCAGUUGAAGGUCUGACUGAUGAGUCAGAAUGCAAGGGCUGUGAACCCGGACAAUACUGCCCCAACGCCGGCAUGGACUCUCCACAGGGAAACUGCUCUGCCCGCUACUACUGCUCCGGAAACGCCACCUCAAGCUUGCCAACCGAUGGCAGCACCGGAAAUGUCUGCCCCGUGGGUCACUACUGCCCCGAGGGGACCGCCACCCCUCUUCCCUGCGAACCAGGCUCGUUCACGGAUGUCACCCUCAACGACGCCUGUUCCCCAUGCACCCCAGGCUACUACUGCAUCCACGGCACCAGUCCUGACCCGUGUCCAGUUGGCUACUACUGUCCGGAGAGCACAGGUCACGUGUGGGAGUCGUGUCCGGUGGGGACGUUUGGCUCGGUGACCGGUCUGUCGAACGUUACGCAGUGCUCGCAGUGUACCGGCGGGUAUUACUGUGACACCAAGAACCUGACGGCCGAGUCGGGACCCUGCGAAGCUGGGUAUUUCUGUCGGAGCGGUUCCAAUGACAGACAGCCAAGUGGAAGUCAUACAGGGGAUGCUGGCGUCUGCCCAGAAGGUUACUACUGUGAACAACAAACUCAAGAUCCAGUUUCCUGUCCUGCUGGCACCUUCAACAACCAAACAAUGGUAACCAGUCUAGCAGGAUGCCAGGAUUGUCUGCCAGGAUACUCCUGUGACACACCCGGACUUGCAUAUCCUUCAGGAUUAUGCGAUGCUGGUUUCUACUGUACGAGCAGGUCAAACUCAUCCCGACCCCCAGAUGUCUCUGCCACCGGUGGCCCGUGCCCCUCGGGUACCUACUGUACUGAGGGUUCCAGCCAGCCAGUCCCCUGUCCGAAGGGAUCCUACAACAUUCUCGAACAGCAGAGCAACUGUACCGAGUGUCCAGCCGGCUAUUUCUGUGAGGAUGGAGCAACAAACAGAACAGAGUGUCCUAAAGGAUACUUCUGUCCAGCAAAGACAGAGUUCGCCCUACAAUAUCCUUGUCCCAACGGCACCUACAACAAUGAAACCAAGGCAACGAGUGAUGCUGCCUGCCAGCUCUGUACGGCUGGGUCCUACUGCCCCAGUGCUGGUAUGGCCGAGCCUGCAGGAGAGUGUAGUGGGGGCUGGUACUGCACCCUGGGAUCCUGGUCAGACAAACCUUCUAUCCUCGGCAAUGACUCGGGAUCCUCCUGUUCCUGUCCAGCUCAGAGCAUCGGUGGCAAGUGUGAAGCAGGAUCCUUCUGUCCACCAGGGUCCGAUCGCCCUCAGGACUGUCUGCCAGGUCACUACUGUGACACUAGCGGCUUGGCGAACGUCACCGGGGAGUGCGAUGCUGGUUAUUUCUGCAAUGGAAGUUCCACUCUGAACAAACCCGUUAACGAAACAUUUGGAGACAUCUGUCCGAAAGGUUAUUACUGUCCGCAAGGAAGUCCUUCAGCAAGUCCAUGUGAUGAGGGGUUCUAUAAUGACUGGUUUGGAAGCCACAACAUCACCAGUUGUCUCCCUUGUAUGGCUGGGAAAUACUGCUCGGGUCAGGGUCGCGACCUGCCCAAUGACGACUGCGAUGAAGGCUGGUUCUGUCCAGAAGGAAUGAUCCAACCUCAGCCUCCCGGGAAUCAGUGUCUGGCCGGGCAUCGAUGUCCUCGAGGUAGUCCCAACCAAACUCCAUGUCCGUCUGGUAGCUAUCAGCCUCUGCCAGGAAAAGGAUCCUGUCUGAUGUGUCAGGCCGGAACGUACUGCGACCAGAAUGAAGCUAUCAGUGAGCAGCAGAGUGGAACAGGUGCUCCCUCACAUGGAGUCGUCACACCUAAAACCUGCCCUGCAGGAUUCUACUGUCCAAACGGAACCCAGACUGCCAGAGAGAAUCCGUGUCCUCUGGGAACCUACAGCAACACCACGGGACUGGAGAGCCUUGCAGUGUGUCGCGAUUGUCCUGCAGGUUUCUACUGUGAGGCGGAGAAUGUGACCGAACCAACUGGACAGUGUUUUGCAGGAUAUUACUGCAUACUGAAGUCCAGCUCGCCCACCCCAGCAGCAUCAGCUGUCGGUGGACCUUGUCCCCAGGGCAGCUACUGUGUCCAAGGCUCAUCCAACCCAACACCAUGUCCCAAAGGAAUGUUUGGAGACCGAGACAAACUGCCAUCAGAGUCCGACUGCACAGUUUGUCCUCCUGGAGAAUUCUGUGCCCAAUCUGGUCUGUCGGCUCCCAACGGGUCUUGUCUCGCAGGCUACUAUUGCUCCAACGCAUCUGAACAGGCAAAUCCUGUUGGACAAGUCUACGGAGACGAAUGUCCAGCUGGAUACUACUGCCCUGAAAGAAGCUAUCAGCCGACUGCAUGUUCCGUCGGCACUUACCAGCCUGACACCCAGCGAACAAAUAUUUCCGACUGUCUCACCUGUGACCCAGGGAAGUACUGCAACUCCACCGGAGCGGGGUCAGUCUCUGGCGACUGUUCUGAAGGAUUUUACUGCACGGGAGGAUCUAGCACCCCAACGCCCUUUGACGGCACCACCGGCAACAUCUGUCCAGCGGGCUCGUACUGUCCACUGGGAUCGAUGCACCAUACGUUCUGUCCAAACUCCACCUACACCAACCACACUGGGGCCGCUGCGUGUUACGACUGCCCAGAAGGACAUUACUGCACUAACCGAGACCGUGCUGAUCCCUGUCUGCCAGGAUAUUACUGCCCUUACAAGACUGGGGCAGAUCUACAGCUGUGUCCUGCAGGGACGUACAACCCCAACUAUGGCAUCAACAAUGUCAGUCAGUGUACGCAGUGUGAUGGAGGCAAGUUCUGUCUGACCCCAGGUCUCUCUGCUGUUAGUGGAGACUGUGCAAGUGGAUUCUACUGCAGAACAGGAGUGGAUACUGGCACCCCAUCAGGAGGUCAUAGUGGCGAUGGUGGACAGUGUCCAGUCGGAUACUACUGUCCUGUUGAUACUGCUGAACCAAAGCCUGUUCCUCUUCAUAUUUACAGUGACAACCCUGGCCAGGCAAACUGCACGCUGUGCCCAGCUGGCUACUACUGCAUUGAAAACUCAACUGGGUUCAGUCAAAACCAGUGUCCUUCAGGAUACUACUGUCCUGCUGGGACCUCUGACCAACACGAGUUUCCAUGCUCCAAGGGAUCCUACAACCCAGUGACUGGCAGCGACGGACCAGAAGACUGUCUGUCCUGUCCACCAGGGCAGUACUGUCAAACUGAUGGUCUGGAUCAGCCGUCUGGUAACUGUACAGCUGGAUGGUACUGUACAGGAGGUUCAUUCCUCGCUGAACCCGUUACCACGGACAACGCCACUUCCUUGGCCGACUGCACAUGUCCAUUGGCUAACUAUACGGGCGGAAAGUGCUGGCCUGGUACCUACUGUCCCGAUGGCGCCACCUAUCCCAUAAUCUGUGAUGGAGGUUCAUUCUGCAGGAAUUAUGGGCUGGCCACACCAGAGGGUCUUUGUGAUGCAGGGUAUUAUUGUGAUGGUGGCGCCACUCAACCAGACCCACCCAGUAAAGUGUGUCCUGUCGGCCAUUUCUGUCCACAAGGGUCAGCCACGGCCACGCGAUGUCCAUCUGGUUCGAUGUCCAACACCACGGGCAACACCAUGCUUAAUGACUGCAACCCAUGCACAGCCGGCUACUACUGUAAUGGUCUUCCCAUAUUUAUGUUGACAGGACCUUGUAGCUCUGGUUACUACUGUCCAGCUGGUCAGACAACACCCACACCAGCAGACUACAACUGUACCAUCGGCCACUACUGCCCUGGCCAGACCGGGGCACCACUUGUCUGUGACCCAGGCAAAUACCAGGACGAGAGAGCUCAGAACUCGUGUAAAGACUGUCCAGCUGGAAGAUACUGUGACCCAGCAGAAGUGGCGACACUAAUGAACAAUACCGAUGCUGGAGUUACUGUUCCUGCUGACUGUCCACCCGGAUACUACUGUCCAGCUAACACUGGCGUCAAGACAACGUACCCAUGUCCACUCGGUACCUAUAGCAACCGCACCCAGCUACAACAACCAGGGGACUGUACUGCGUGUAGUGGGGGAUUCUACUGUGGAUCAACAGGUCUAGUGGAACCAACAGAUAUGUGUGAUGCAGGAUUUGUUUGUAUUUCUGGUUCAAACAUGUCGAGGCCAACAGAUGGAACAACAGGCGACGUGUGUGGACUCGGAUUCUACUGCCCCAAGGGAUCUGAUCAGGGAGUCAAGUGCCCUGCAGGGACUUUCAGUGACAAUACAGGGCUUGAAAAUGUAACCGGAUGUCAGCCAUGUCAGACUGGAAAGUACUGCAGUAUUGAUGGUCUCGUGUCGGUGACAGGAAACUGCUCCAGUGGACACUACUGCACCCUGGGCUCCACAGAGCCAAACCCCAUUGGUCAGUCAUACGGUGACUACUGUCCGGCCGGUCAAUACUGUCCAGUGGGAACGGCCAACCCGGUGUCCUGUCCUCGUGGAACCUACCUUCCGGACACUGGACGCUCGGCCAUUGACGACUGUUUGGAUUGUCCGGGAGGAAAAUACUGCGGAAGCGAGGGACUUACAAAUUACACAGAUGUUAAUGUUCAGCGUCAGGUACGAGCGUGCCUACGCUGUAAGAAGUUCACUGCAGGCGGCGACCCUCAUGAAUUAUGUCCGGGUUGCCGUGUUCCUUGUAGCCUCUCUUCGAGAUGCGACCUGUGUUCGGGCCUGUCUACUGUCGAGUUCGCGGCUUACUUGAAGGUGCUGUCGGCGAGAGCCAAGAAAGUGGAAUCUUCGCCGUCAAUUGCGGACUCCAUAGCAGAUGUAUUACGUUCGAUGCUACCUACUAUGCUGAAAGAGACUAUGGCGUCAAUGGCGGCCUUACCACAACCGGCGGGUUUGGGGACAGGUCCGGUUCAAGUCCCCUCUUCGGGGGGUGCGGCUCCAGGAUGCAAGACUUCAGAUGACAGGCCUGCAGUUACUACGCAGCCCUCUGACAAGCCGACUCAAUCAGUUAGGCGUUCCACGGCCUCCAAGGAUCACCGAUCUUCAAAGUCAUCUUCGGCGCAGCGGAGCCGGGACCGGAGCCGGGCUCGUAGCCGUUCCCCACGACCUGCACGUCUCCCUACGGGUUCCGUGGAUCGGCAGCGCAGACCUUCUAUUGACGCUUCAGAGGGUUCUCGACGGGACCGUCCACGGUCCGGUUCACCAGUGAAUUCUGUUUCGGCGGAUCGAUUAGCCUGUGCUCGAGUGCUUCGAGACUUUGGAGAUGCAGCGCCUACAGCGGUUUCCGUCAUUGAUGAGACUGAAUCUUCUGAUCAUAUGAAUAUGAGGGAUUAUGUAGCUCCGUCCUUGGAUGAAGAUGUUCACCGUCUUGGGAAGUCGUCAACCGUGGAUUUGACGGACAAACAAGUACAAGCCAUGGAUACUGCCCAGAGACGUUGCUUGUUUGUAUUAUCUUACUUGGACGUUUUCCUUGCGGCGAUGGCCACCCAGGCAAAAGAUGCACGGUGCUACGCGCUAUUUCAGCAAUCGGCGCAGAUGCUAGCUUUCCUGACGUCUUCGGUGACUUCGAUGUCCUCGAUGUUAAUGCAAUAUCGUCGCCAGGCUUAUUUAAAGAAAUCCACUUUGGAUUUUCAGCAUAAGAAGGAGCUGUUAGCUCAACCGUGGUCAGCAACUAAGCUAUUUGCAGGCAAAAUUUCUGAGGUGGUGAAGGCCAAUGAUAAGGACCAACAGUCGACAGCAACUGUCAAAGCGUUGCAACUUAUUUCAACAUUGGAAUCUACAAAGCGGAAGUCUACAUUCACACCACAACCACCAUCUAAACGCUGGAGAGACGACCAUCCGGUCCGCCAGCUCGGACCCAGGGGAAGCCUGGUCGACGUUGACGCCAGCCAACAGAUCGUGGACUGCUCAGAUUGCUUCAACCUACGCCCGCCCCUGAUUUUGAACCAGAACAACGAUUCGGUUUUGACGCUUCCGGUGUGUACCACACCGGUCGAAAGAUCCAUGGUCGGAAGUCGACUUCGCCGUUAUUGGCGAAACUGGCAGACACUUUGCCAAGAUCCGUUUGUCACGUCGAUCUUGAAGACAGGGUAUCGUCUGCAAUUGUCUGCCAUCCCUCCAUUGACCACUUCACCCUCGAGAACCGCGGCAUUCCGUUGCGCAAGUCAAGGUUCUACAGGAGUCCGUCAACAAGCUGGUGGAGAAGGGAGCCGUUCGCAGCAUUUCGGAAGUACACUUAACACCCGGAUUUUACUCGGACAUCUUUCUAGUACCAAAGAAAGAUUCUCCAGAGCUGCGAAUGAUUCACAACUUGGCGGUCUUCAACGACCGCUAUCUGUCUCCUCCUCCGACCUUCAAGAUGUUAACGUUGCGAGAUAUCAUAGCCGUGAUCAGACCGGGGGAUUGGCUUGCCUCGCUAGAUCUCAAGGACGCCUACCUGCACGUUCCGAUGCAUGCCGAUUUCCAUCACUACCUACGGUUUGUGCUACAGGGUCGGCAUUACGAAUGGAAAGUCCUGCCCUUUGGGAUAUCCAUAGCGCCAUGGCUGUUCACCAGAAUCACGACUCCGAUGUCACGCUUCCUGCAUCGCAGAGGUAUAUCCUUUUACCCAUACCUCGACGAUUGCCUGAUGAGGAGUGUCACAGCAAGACAGGGCUGACUGCACAUGUUGCCUUCAUCAUGGACUUUCUCAAGCAGCUGGGUUGGAUUAUCAACAUCGAGAAAUCUCGACUGGCUCCCACACAGUCUCUACAGUUCAUAGGCGCUUGGCUUCGACCCGACCUGGGCCUCGUUCAAGUUCCUUUAGACCGUUGGGAGAAGAUCCAGACCAUGAUUGUCAUAGCCCUCACCGCUCCAAUGACCUUCCGCGGAUUUGACACACUCAGAGGUCGUCUCCAGUUGCGGCGCUUGCAGAUGUUUCUCAACCCGUUUGUUCGUUUCAACAAUCCGGACUUGAUCAUCUCACUUCCAGACGAUCUACGCUCCAGCCUGCAGUGGUGGCAGCUCCGAUCGAACGUCUUAGAAGGUGUCUCUAUGCGGGCCUUCAUAGCCACUCAUCACCUAUUCGUCGACGCGUCACUGGAAGGUUGGGGAGCCCAUCUAAGCAACCAGACUACUUCAGGGCUGUGGUCUCCCGUCGAACUCGGACUCCACAUCAACCUGUUAGAGUUGUUGGCAGUCUACUACGCUAUCCUUCAUUGGCGACAGAUGUUGACGGAAGCCUCUCUCAUGGUGGCCACAGACAGUACGACCGCGGCGGCUUACAUCAAUCGUCAGGGCGGAACUCACUCCAGCAGUCUGCUGCAACCACUUGCGUGGGGGGGAACGUACUGCCCUGGGGGAACCGCUCAGCCUAUACCAUGUGAAGAUGGAACUUACAUGAACCACACUCAAGCCAGUUCCUGCGACAUCUGCCCUCCUAGCUACUACUGUGUAAACAAGAACGCCCCCGAUCCGUGUCCUAAGGGACGCUACUGCCCUGGCAACACAGGUUUCAACCAGUCCCUGUGCCCCGGUGGAACCUACAGCCCCACAGAGCUACUGAUGACCGAGUCGGAGUGUGUCCCAUGUGACGGGGGGUUCUACUGCGACACCAUGGGCCAGGUCAACACCACGGGGCCAUGUGCGGCCGGAUAUUUCUGUCAGAGCGGAGUCAACACCGCUGCCCCUAGCAACAACAACACAGGAAUCGGAGCUGGAUGCCCAGUUGGUCAUUACUGUCCUGAAGGUACGGCUGAUCCAAUCAGCUGUGAGGCUGGAACAUAUGCUGCAAACACCCACCAAUCAGCUUGCACUAUUUGUGAAGCAGGAUAUUACUGUCUAGCCAACUCAUCUACAUACCUGAAUACACCCUGCCCUACAGGUGCAUAUUGCCCAGCUGGUACAAGAUUUGCCCAUGAGUUUGACUGUCCGGCUGGCACAUACAACAAUCAGACACUUGGAAAUGACAUGUAUGAUUGUCUCCCCUGCCCAGGAGGCAAGUACUGUGAAGGUGCGGGUCUAGCCAUGCCAACCGGGGACUGUGCUGCCGGCUGGUUCUGUUCGGGCGGUGCAUUCACCAACAAACCAUCACCGUUGGUUAACGACUCGAGUGAAUUCAGUGUCAACUCAACGUGCCCCAUCUACGCUCACAACUACACUGGAGGAAUAUGUGUCCCAGGGACCUACUGUCCACCUGGUUCUGAUCGCCAGUCACCAUGCAGUCUUGGAAAAUACUGUGACAGCCACGCCCUGCCGGCACCCACUGGGGACUGCCAUGCUGGCUAUUUCUGUAAUGGCAGUGCAACAGUGCCAAACCCUGUGAUGUGUUCCAAGGGACACUACUGUGUAGAGGGCACCACUGUAGAAGAACCGUGUCCUCCAGGAACUUAUGCAGACCGAGAAGGUAACGCGAACAUCACCGAAUGUCAGACAUGCACCGCCGGCUCCUACUGCCAGGAAUACGGCCGUGAGACACCCAACGGACCGUGCGAUGCCGGGUACUACUGCCCUGGGGGUCAGGAUGUGCCACGCCCAACUGUGUUGGCAUGCAGUCCAGGUCAUUUCUGUUUACAGGGCAGCUGGAAUGAGUCGGUGUGUCCAGCGGGCACAUACCAGCCUCAGUCAAAGCAGAGUGAUUGCGUCAACUGUACAACCGGGUCCUACUGCAGUCCUUUUGGUGUGUCUACUCCAACUACUUGCCCUGCUGGAUCGUACUGCCCUGAGAAUACCAAAUAUAGCACAGAAUUUCUCUGUCCACCUGGAACUUACAGCAACCAGACCGGUCUAUCGACCAUGUCGCAGUGUACUCCCUGUAGCCCAGGAUACUACUGUGCCGGGGAAGGAAACACCCAACCAUCUGGCCUUUGUUCUGUUGGCCACUUCUGCACCCAGGGAGCCAAGAACUCCACUCCAACAGAUGGCAGCACCGGUAAUGUGUGCUCUCCUGGCCGGUUCUGCGUCAGUGGCAGUGUUGUGGGUGAAGGGUGUCCAGUGGGAACAUUCAGUAACCGGUCUGGACUGACCAUCAGUGCUGACUGUGACCAGUGUACCCCGGGAACCUACUGUGGACAGACCGGACUCACUGUGGAAUCAGGAAUGUGCUGGGCUGGUCACUACUGUACCCUGAGGUCAGAAGAAGCUGCACCAGUUGGCAAGUCGUAUGGUAACCUGUGCACCACUGGACACUUCUGUCCAAACGGAACAAAUGUGCCAGUCAGCUGUCCUCCUGGGACGUACUUGGACCAGACUGGAAUGAGUGACAUUGACCAGUGCAUCAAAUGUACUGCAGGAUCAUAUUGUGAGAGCUAUGGCCUGAGUUCUGUGACUGGGCUGUGUGCCUCGGGAUAUUUCUGUACCCUGGGGUCUAAUUCAUCAACACCAGUAGAUGGCAUCACAGGAGACAUUUGUCCCGAAGGUCACUACUGCACUGUUGGCUCGGUAACCGCCACGCCCUGUGGAAACGGAACGUACAUGAACCACACCGGGGCUUCGGCCUGCUACACCUGUCCCACCGGCCAUUACUGCGUCAACCACGACCGCGCUGACAUCUGUCGUCAAGGUUACUACUGUCCAGAGGGAACGGGUGCCGAUCUCCAGCCCUGUCCAACAGGGACGUUCGGAAACACUGUCGGGCUCUCCGAUGAGUCGCAGUGUACAAACUGUACAGGUGGUCAUUACUGUAACAGCCCAGGAUCUCCGGCGGCUGAUGGGGAGUGUCAGGCCGGUUACUACUGUGAGUACGGAGUGGACACGGCCACACCGGCCUUCUCGGCAUCUCACAAGGGAUCAGGUGGAGAGUGUCCCAUGGGAUCCUACUGCCCCCAGGGGUCAGUCCAGCCUGUGCCCUGUGCAGCAGGAUAUUACACAAACACCAUACGCAAGGGAUCAUGUGACAUAUGUCCAGGUGGAUACGCAUGUCACAGCAACAACAGUUUCCCGUUCGGCCUCGAAUGUCCAUCUGGUCACUACUGCCCGCCGGGGACCGAGUACGCCACACAGCACCCAUGCGACCAGGGAACGUACAACCCCCAGGUCCGACAGAACAGCAGUGCCGCCUGCCUGAUGUGCCCCCCGGGGAAGUACUGCCAGGGGACGGGGCUUGAUGCUGUGUCCGGGGACUGCAGUGCUGGAUGGUUCUGUUCUGGGGGAGCCGUCCAGGCAAAGCCUCUAGUUAUUGGUAAUUUCAGCAACAUUGACAUGUGUACCUGCCCCGAGUUCAACUACACAGGUGGAAAAUGCCAGCCAGGUACCUACUGUCCGGUCGCGUCGGCAGCACCCAUUAACUGUGACGCUGGCUGGUAUUGUGACGACUUCGAACUAGCAGCACCAAAAGGAAAGUGUAAUGCUGGGUACUUCUGUCCCACUGGUCAGAGUAGUCCGAACCCACCCGAGUUUCUCUGCUGGGCGGGCUACUACUGUGUAGAAGGUCAGGGCGCCGCACAGCCGUGUCCAGCCGGCACUUUCUCCAAUUCGACGGGAAACACAAACGUUACCGACUGCAAAUCAUGCACUCCAGGUUUCUACUGUGAUGGCACUGGAUUAGUCAAGGAAUCUGGUGACUGUGGAGCUGGUUUCUUCUGCCCCGAGGGACAGACAACUGCCACGCCCACAGACCACGCCUGUCCAAAUGGCUCCUACUGCCCUGUUGGAAGCGCUCAACCGAAAUCAUGUGAAACAGGAAAGUACCAACCCGACCAAGGCAAGGCGACGUGUGAACUAUGUCCUAAAACCAAAUAUUGUGAUCCGUACAACUCCACGGACAACUCCACCGGAGUUAUCGUUCCUGCCGACUGUGUGCCAGGAUACUACUGUCCACAGGCCACUGAAUAUCAGCGUCAGAAUCCGUGUCCGUCUGGGACAUUCAGCGAUUCAUCUGGACUUGAAGCAGAAGUCCAGUGUACUCAGUGUGAUUUUGGUACGUACUGCAUGACACCGGGGCUGACGGCACCCGAGGGAAGCUGUGAAGCCGGCUACUACUGCCAGAGCGGCUCAAAGACGCCCACGCCGACCGACGGAGUGACCGGAAACGUCUGCCCACAGGGACGCUAUUGUCCGCCCGGCUCAUACAAUGGCCAGGCAUGCCCGGUCGGAACAUUCAACAACUUCACGGGUCUGCGAUACGCCAAUGAGUGUAUCUCGUGUGCACCAGGCCAGUACUGCCCGUCAACCGGUCUGAAGGAGCCGUUUGCUGACUGCACCACCGGUUACUACUGCAAGUUUGGGUCACCAACACCCACACCAAGCGGACAAGACUUCGGCUACAUGUGUCCAGCGGGUUUCUACUGUCCAACAGGAACCGUGGCACCCAUCCCGUGUAAACAGGGAACAUACCAGCCAUCACAAGGAAAACAGAGUGUAUCUGCGUGUGUAGACUGCGAUGCAGGUUACUACUGCCUGGAGGAAGGUAACAGUUCGACCACAGCCAAGUGUAUGGCUGGCUACUACUGUACACGCGCUGCCAAGGUGGCCAAUCCCACAGAUGGUACAACUGGAGACAUCUGCCCGAUCGGUCACUACUGUCCAGAGGGCUCGGUCACCCCCCAGAUCUGCCCUGCAGCGACAUACAUGAACCACACCGGAGCUGCCCUCUGUUACACCUGCCCCCAGGGAUUCUACUGCACAGAUGGGAUGGUAGCCGUGCCCUGCCCCCAGGGUUCAUAUUGUCCCCUGGGGACUGGUUCAGGCUUCAUACCGUGCCCGAUUGGAACAUACGGCGCCAGUGACAAGCUGAGUAACGAUACCGACUGCUCACAGUGUCCCGGAGGGAUGUUCUGUGACUCCACGGGGCUCCUGGCACCUUCAGGAGGGUGUGAGGCCGGAUAUUACUGUGUCUCAGGAGUUAAUGUGAAGACACCUAACUCUGGAAUCUCGUUCACGGGGACUGGUGGCGUUUGCCCUGCAGGAUCUCAGUGUCCUGUCAACUCGACCUACCCCGUACCGUGUCAGCCCGGCCAGUACUCCCCUGCUGAGGCCACGCCCCUCUGUCUGGCUUGUCCACAAGGUUACUUCUGUCUGAAUGAAACGAUAACACCCCAGGUUUGUCCGACUGGCCACUACUGCCCAGUAGGAACAGAGUUUGCCACCCAGUACCCGUGUCCAAAGGGGACAUACAACAACCGAACAGGUAUCAGCAGUGAUUCUGAAUGUCUAGACUGUCCACCGGGUGAAUUCUGUGAAGGAGUCGGAAAUGUUCUACCAGGUGGUUCAUGCGACGAGGGAUUCUUCUGUGCCGGACGAUCAUUCCAGCGCAGACCGUACGACUCGGGCAAUCUGACAACAGUGAAUGGAACAUCCAGUGACCUUGUUUCCAAUGACACGUGCACCCCAAUGUGGGACUGCGUGUGUUCCCCGUUUGAGCUGACCAGUGGCGGUGUGUGUCCCAUCGGAUACUACUGUCCGACUGGCACUGUGAAACCCAUCGCCUGUUCACCUGGUCUCUACUGUGAAACUCCGGGUCUGGCUUCUCCAACAGGAAACUGCAGUGCUGGCUGGUAUUGCACGGGUCAGAGUCCGAUUCCCACUCAGAUUGACUGCCCCGAGGGACACUACUGUCCUGACGGUACCAGCGUCCCCACACAGUGCCCCGCGGGGACAUUUGCCAACAAGACUGGAGGGAAAUCGGUCGACGAUUGCCUCAACUGUACAGCCGGCAUGUUCUGCCAAGGGACUGGAGACACUGUGCCAACUGGAUUCUGUGAACCAGGAUAUUAUUGUCCCGGGGGACAGAAAUCACCAACACCUGCAGACCUUCAGUGCUGGAAAGGCCACUUCUGCGAAUUGGGUUCAACUAUUCCAGAGCAGUGUCCGAAUGGAACGUACCAAGUGAACGGGGGUCAGAGCUUGUGUAAUGACUGUCCGCCAGGCUACUUCUGUGAUGCAAAUGCUGGAAACAUUACUAUUAUCGAUGGUUACCCAGUUGUCUUCCCAUCACCUUGUCCCCAGGGAUUCUUCUGUCCAGAGAAAACCCAGGCAGCUAAAUCAUUCCCGUGUCCUGCGGGAACGUUCGGUCCAGACGAGUAUUACACCAACGUAGAAAACUGUACAGACUGCAGUGCGGGUCUGUACUGUGACAGAACUGGUCUGUCGGCGCCAACAGCAGAGUGCUGGGGAGGCUACUACUGCACGGGUGGGGCAUCGUCACCAACACCAAUAGAUGACAAGGUAAAUCAUACAUACAACGUGACAUUCACUGGCAAUGACCGGUGUCCAGUCGGCUACUACUGUCAGAAUGGUACAGCCUACCCCACACCAUGUCCGAGGGGGACGUUCUCCACACAAAGGGAGGUAACUGGACCCGAUGGGUGUGAACCCUGUCCACCAGGCCGAUACUGCAACCAACAGGCCUUCACCAAACAGUCGGAAGCUUUGCCUUGUGAUGCAGGCUAUGUGUGUACAAAAGGCAGCACCACGCCUACGCCAACAGAUGGCGUCGAAGGUUACAUGUGUCCUCCCGGCCAUUUCUGUCCUGAGGGAUCAUCUUUUGAGCAGGGCUGUCCGAUUGGUUCCUUCCAGUCGGAUUACGGAAAAGACAACUGUACGACCUGCCCAGCAGGAUCCAUGUGCCCGGACAUGAACAUGACAUCUCCACUCGACUGCAAACCUGGCUACUACUGUCCGUAUGGUGUGAACCCACAGCCCUGUCCACCGGGAACCUUCAAUAACAAGACAAGCAUGGAGCUUUCUUCCCAGUGUACUGACUGCCCAACAGGUCACUACUGCCAGGGUGACGGCAAUCCCAGUCCUUCAGGCUUGUGUGAUGAAGGUUACUUCUGCCAGGGUGGUGCUGACAGUCCAGCACCAGGUACGUCGGUGGCCUACCCUCUCAACGGACUGUGUAUCCCCGGUCAUUACUGUCCACAAGGAACAUCCAUGAGGAAGAAGUGUCCCGCAGGAACCAUACGAAACAGCACAGGAGGCGCUGUGCUAUCGGAUUGUCUCCCUUGUCCUGGAGGUUACUACUGUGCAUCUGAAGGUCAGACGGAGGCAACUGGUGUCUGCUCAGCCGGAUACUACUGUCCUGCCAAUGACACCACAAUAUCACCAAUGCCAUCCGGCUUCCCCUGUCCAGUCGGCUACUUCUGUCCGCUGGCAUCAGCUGACCCGAAACCGUGUCCUCCUGGACAGUUCCAGAUCAACGAGGGUCAGUCGUCAUGUGACGCGUGUCCAGCAGGCUAUUACUGUCAGAGUGCCGUGUCGCCGGAACAGAAGGACUGUACACCAUACCACUACUGUCCUCAAGGUACUGCGUAUCCUAAACCUUGUGAAAAUGGAACUUUCACAUACGACAACAUGACCAAUCUACGAACAAGUGCAGACUGUCUACCUUGUGUAUCUGGCCAGUAUUGCAGGAAUGGCCAGGUCUAUGGGAACUGUUCAGCGGGUUUCUUCUGUAAGUCUGGCUCUAAGGAAGACAUGCCAAACAGCACGGUGGACUUUGACACGUGCAUUGCCAACACUGUGUGUGCUGGAUUCUGUCCCCGUGGGUACUACUGCCCGACCGGGGUGGAGCUGCCGGUGCCCUGCCCAGAUGACACGUAUCGAGACACAGUUGGAGCGGCUCAAGAAAAUGACUGUAGUAACUGUCCUGCCGGUUCCCUGUGUCCUGAAGCAGGAUCAGCUGACCCAAUUCCUUGUCCAACUGGUCAGUACUGUCUCCUUGGCAACGGCACAACACCGUGUCCACGCCUGACGUACCGAGACAUUCCAGGAGCAGCAGGAAUCAGUGAUUGUUUUCCUUGUGUGGCAGGAUUCUGGUGUAACCAUACAGGAAUGAAUAACUACACAAACAUCCCGUGUCCGCCUGGCUACUUCUGUCUGGAGGGAGACGAACCGAGACUGUGUCCCGCGGGACGGAUGAAAGACGUCCCUGGAGCUGCAUCGGUCACUGACUGUCCACUGUGUCGACCAGGCUACUUCUGUCCCAACGACACGGAAAACACCCAGGGCAUCCCGUGCCGGGAGAAAUUUGAAUGUCGUCAGGGAGCGUCGAUGGAAAUAGACUGCAUGCCGGGAUACUUCUGCAACGGGACGACCGGUUCUCCACCCAUCUGCUGGGGCGGGUACUACUGUCCAAACGCCACCGACACGCCAAUACCGUGCGAGUAUCCAUUCUACUGUCCCGAGGGCAGCAACAUGACCUUGACCUGUCCUCUCGGCCACAUGGCCAACAACGACAGCGGGAUCCGUGACAGCUUUGCCAAGAACUGUCGGAUCUGUCCCGCCGGUUACUAUGGCAACCACACGUCACGUCUGCAGUGCUACCUGUGUCCUGCAGGCUACUACUGUCCCGAGGGAACGGGCCACGGCAACUCGAACCCUUGUCCGAUCGGCUCCUACUGUCCGCAGGGUUCUGGAUCUCCGAUGCCGUGUCCUCGAGGAAUGUACGGCAAGAAGGUCCGCGCCCACCAGUAUGGGGACUGCGCCCCGUGUCCCGAGCAGUACUACAAUGACCUGCUGGGGCAGAAAGCCUGUCGGCCGUGUGGCAGCUCCUCCACAGCUCCCAUCGGUAGCGCCAUCUGCUACUGUAAAGGGCUGUACAGGACUUUCCAGAAGUCAGAUGGCGCCUGCAUCUGUUGGGGUGGCUACCACUACUACAAUGAGAUCGACAAGGCCAGCUCGCAGGGAAAUGGAGAAGAAAACUGCCAGCAGCUGGUGGAUAUUCGCUGUUCUCAAAGCGAGGUUCGGAUUGCCAAUUCUCGGACAUGUAUCGUACCUACGGAAUAUGACUGCUCAAAGGCCUGUCCUGUGUCUGGCGGUAGUCUGGAUAUUGAUGCUGGAAGGUGCCAGUGUUUUAUCAACAAAGAUGCGAAUGAAAUAUGUGAUGCAACAUGUCGAGCAAACCAAAUGCCGACCAUCAAAACCGAACUGCUGUCUGAUGGUUCUGUGCAAACAAGUAUUUAUGACCCAGUCACAGGAACAACAUACACAGAGAAAAUGACGGACAUUUACGGACCAAGUGAGAUGACCGUAGGUCCGAAGGACACGAUUGUGUUGAACAUGUUCGACGGUCAGGUCGGAGCCUCUGUGUAUUCAGAUGCAAACCUCGCCAAAGAUCUCUUCAAAACCAUCGAUGAACUUCUUUCUGGAAUUACCACCGGAAGACGACGUCUGCUAGCAACCACGACAGUUCCAUCAAACCAGGUCCCGAACCCGCUCGUGUGUCUGGAGACGGACGAGCUCGUGUUGUUCAAGAUCCUGCUGAACAGCACGGACCGGGCGAGCAGCCACUACCCCAUCUACCAGAAGAACCACCUCUUCAACACCAACCCCAACUUCGACUUCGGUGCGUUCACACAGAUGGCCAACCUGGUGGUGAACACCAACGUCACCAUCACGACGUUCGCUCACGUCUUCACCGUCGGGGGGACGUACGUCUUCAUAGAUUCACAGGAACCUGACGUAGAUGUGAUUAUUGUGGUGAAACCCACAGGAGCCUCUUGCCCAGCUGGUGCAUCUCGCAUUCUGCCAUCGACCACCACCAAUCUCAUCUCGCUGGGAGUCUACAAACAGACUGUGUCUAACGAGGUUCCCGACUGGGGACUCAUCAUCGGUCUCAUUGCUUUCUUCGGAGCCUGUGUUGUGUUGCUGGUUGUGGCGGUUCUUGUGUGGAAACCACGUGACUCCAUCAUCUACCCACUGAAACAUUGGAAACCAGUCUAUCGUCGUCUAGGAGUACCGCCCCCAGUCCCAUCUUACAUACGAUACGAUACAGACCACUGGCCUGACACACACAGCCAUGGACUGGAAGGAAUAGGAAUCCGGUCAGAUGGAGACGGUGCAGAGUCUGAGAAGGGAAAACUGAUGGCGUUAGGUGACGACUUGGACUCAUUCAACGUCCGCGUCCUGUAUGACAAGCUGGAAGACCAGAACCUCCAUCUUGCCUCCCAGUUGGCACGGCAACAGGAAGAUCUUCAGGGAUUCUACAACCGAAUCUGUUCACAGAACGACGAACUCAAGAAACUUCUGGCCGACCUUGACCCUGCCAAACUGGAACAACUGGACAGAGCUCGGCGGCAGGGUGGCGGUAUGGUGAGAGAGGGGCUGCUAGGGGCAGCAACUGGGGGAACCACUGUGGUGAAUGCUAAUAUAUCAUACGGAGGAGCUGGACAGUUUAGAGGUGGAGGAGGUGUAGGUCGCGAGGCUGAGUUAAUGGCUGCACUACAGCUCUUGCUGAAUAGACUGAACUCCGGAAACAUUCCCAUGAGCCCCGAAAUGCUGGAGAGUCUAAGAAAGGGUGGAGCAGCGGGCCAGUCUAGUGACAACAUCAAUCAGUUGGGAACAGUGUCCGUACAGACCCAAGCUCAGGCCGAGGUGUUGAGGAGACACAAUGGAGAGAAGAUGCAGCUGGAGCGCGACCUUGAGAAGGACGAACAGGAAGCAUUUGACCGUCUGCUCCAGGAGGAGGAGCAGAAGAGAAAGCAGGCGGCAGACGCACUGGCCCAGUCUCUGGCUGUCAAACUUCAGGGUGACCUUAAAGACUCUGAAGUGAAGGAGAUACUUGAGGACCAUGAGAAGAAGCUGGAAGCUGCAAUGCUUUCCCAGUACCAUGACAAGGAAAGACAACUGGACGCUCUCCGCAGAAAACUGGAAGAAAGACGUCGCAAUCGGGAAAAUCAGCUCAGAGAGAAACAACAAAGGGAGGCUGAACAAGCUGGCCUCCCACCACCGGUACAAGGUGUCGACGACACAGAAAUACGCGUGAAGACCGAACAGGAAGUGCUAGAUGCACUGACCUCGGAAGAGGUUGCUGGGCUGACCCAGGCCGAGUCGACAACAAACAAGAACAUUUCAGACAAACUGCGCAAAAAACUGUCGAAAAGACUGAAAAACCAUGUGGAAACUCUUGGCAGUCAGAACCUUCUGAACAAGAACCAGGUUGAGAGUUUCAUGAAGAAACAGCAGGAGCUGGAAGGCGCAAUUGGCAAAAAGAUGGCCGCCCACCGCGAACAGCAGCAGGAGAGACUGAGAACCAAGAUGGAGGAGAGACGACAGAAGAAACUGAAUUCACUGCGAGACAAGCAGGAGAAAGAGAUGAGUGAGAUGUCGGCCAAACUGAUUCAAGGAGGCCACACAGAUGACCUUGAGAGGAUGAAGGCCGCUCUGGAACAGAAACAUGAGCGUGAAAAGGAAGCGGUGGAGGCGGAGAUGGACGUGCGACAGAAUGAGCAGGUCCGACAGAUGACCCAGGGACUGGACGAUGAGUACACUGCACAGGUCAAAGACGGUCACCGAAACCUGCUCAAAAACCUGAAUGGUGAGCUUGACCCCAGUGCUGCCCUGUCAGCCCAGAGAUUGUUAGAUGAGUACCGACGCGACCUUGAGAUAAUUGAACAGGAAAGCACUCAAGACAGAAACCGCCAGCUUGAAGACAUACAGGCUAGAAUUGCUGCCCGUAAAGCGAGGAAACUGAGAGACGCUCAGCGGAAGAUGGAAGCAGACUCGGCUCAGAGAUUUGUGGAGGAGCAGAGCAGGCAGAUGAAACAGGCAGGAUUUGGAACAGAUGUGCCACCUGGUGGUGACCUUCAGCACAUGCCACAGGUCAAAUAUGGAGAAUCAGUGCAGGAACAAGCUCUGAAGAAGGAACAGGAGCGUGCUAAGGAGGAGAUGCGUAAACGACAGAUCAAGGAGCGUGACCAGAUGGUGUCCAGUCUGGACCAGGAGACGGUCAAGUCUGAGAAGGAACUCAAGAAACAGCUGGACGACGAGCAGGAGAGAACUCUUCAAGAAACAAGGAACAGACUCGCGGCAGAGGCGGCCGCACGUACUGACCUCAACAAAGACCAGCUGGCCGCGCUGUUGGCUUCCCACCAGCAAGAACUGGAUGACCUUGAAGAGCGGUUACACAGCAACCGCGUCCGUCAGACUCUCACCCUGAGAGACCAGCUGGCUCAGCGGAGAAAGCGCAGAUUCGACAAACUGCGCCACAAGCAGGAGUCCGAGAUGACCAGGGAGAUGCUGGAGCAGCAGAAGGAACUUGAGGAAAUAAGACUCAAACAGGCAAAGGAGGUUGAGAAGAAAGCUAUAGAGGAAGGUAUUAAAGAGAACGGACGCGAAGACACUGAUAAAGUCGUCAAAGCUGUUCUGGCCAACAGACAUGCACAGGAAAUGAGAGAUCUCGACAACCGUUACGCUGCUCUGAAGAAGGUAAUGGUGGAUGAUGCAAUGGCUAAACUUCACGACAAGUAUGAAAAUGAGCGUGACUCCAUGUUGAAACGUCACCAGGAUGAGCUGACAGCACUGCAGAAGCUUGGCCUCAGCCCUCAGGAGUUUCAGGAUCGCCGGACUGAAUUGCUGAAUCGUCAACACAUGGAGCUGUCUGAGCUUGACCGACAUCUGGCUAAAGAGGAGGGUGACAUCAAGCGGGGGGCGCUCGCAGACUGGAAUGUGGAGUAUGCUAGAGCCAAACUCAACCUCAAGGAGAAACACUACAUGGAGUAUGCUGAUGCUCUGCGACACUUUGCGUCUGGUGAAGAUGAUGCUAAGCAGGCCGAGGUGGCCGCUGAAGAACUGGAAAACGUCAAACGUCAGCUGGAGCAGCAGCGGAAAGAACGGGAACUGGCACUGAAAAAAGAACAGGAAGAAUUUGAGAGAAGUGAAAAGGAGCGUGUUGAUGCUGAGAUGACUGGCUACAUGAGAGAGCUUGAAGAGGAAACCCAGAGAGAGAAGGCAAAGCACGAGCGUAAUGUGGACUCUCUCAACAAGAGGAAGGAGGAGCUGCUCAAAGAGAGGAAACAGAAACUCAAGGAUGAUAUGGAGCGAUUGAAGGGUGAAGGAGCGAGUGAGGAUGACCAGCAGCGGCUGCUACAGCAGCACGAGAAGGACACGCAGCAGCUGGUGAACAAGAUGGAGGCCGACCGGCUGCGCAUGCACAGCAGUCUGCAGGAGAGACUGAAGAAACGCAAGGAGGCAAAGAUGAAAGAUAAGGAGAAGGAGCUGAAGGAAAACACAGAAGAACAGAGGAGGGAGUUGGAACACAGGCAGAACAGUGAGAGGGAACACCUCAAGGCUGAUGAGAUGCUGACACUAAACGAGGCUCUGAACAUUGACCAGCUGUUCAGUGAGAGACCAGACCCAGCGGGGCGGUCAUCACGCGUGGGAGACAUCGAACAACCUCCCGUCCCGGACCAGACAGAGUUACCUCCCUCAUACACAAUGGCCGCCCCACUCAACGAGUCCGAGCUAAUGGCGUUGCUGGUGGCGUCGCCACUCUACCAGAAACUGGAGCAGAUGAAGACAACUCUUGCUGACGGAGUCACCAAAGCAGGCUCCAGGACCGCCUCUGGUGACCCAACUAUUGAUGCCAAAGAUGCCGAAUGGACCAAAGACACCCAGCUAGAACCAGUGGACCUCAAUAAAGUGAAUGCUAGAACAUUCGUUGUGUACAAAUUUGGCGUGUUUGUGUCAGAUCUUGUGGCGUCCCACUGCCGCCACCACCCAAUCACCAUCCUCCUGGCAGACAAGAUUCCGCCCAACAACAACCUCAGCCAAAACCUCUACCGCAACUCCUUCCAUUUCGAUGCCAACAACCGCAUCCUGUACGUGCGAACAGCGCGCCUCGACGCAGUGGGAGAAUUCGUCCUGGUCCUCGUUCACUGCAUGGCUCAUAUUAAAUCUGGUGACCUGCGAGAUGACACCAACCCUGACUUCAUGAAGGAGUACCAGCGCGCUCUGGCCGUUGUCUGUGACGACCUGUUCUUCUCGAGAUUCAGUCGGUCGUCCAGCGCUGUCCGUGCCCUCGGCCGGUCUGACCCGCGGUCCGAGCAGGCUGCCCACACGAUGCUGCAGUCCGUGUUCAACAACGAUCACCACGAAGAGGCCAAACUCGGCGUGGUGGAGGAUCUGCUUAACGUCAGACUGUCGCCCAACACUGACGGACACGGAGUCCAGUUCGACAAGGAGAGAAUUGAACAGAGACUUUCGAAAUACUCUGACUUCUCUAUGACCAACAAACUGCAAAGCAUGCUGGGAGAUUUGGAAGACAAGAUUAAACAGGCUGGAGCCCAGGGAACAGCGCCCUCUGUUGACAAGAUGGCGAACGAGCUGAGUCAGAAAUUCUCAACAGCUGGAACAAGUGUUCUAAGCAGACCCGUGGCUCCGAGUUUCAUGAUGGCAAACAUGUCUGGCACUGCUCUGUGGAGAACAUAUUUCAACAGACUUGAAGAAGGGGAGACAACCCCUACAGAGAAUAUUCCAGAAUCAUCACAGGACCACUUUGAUGAUUUGUGCGCUGACUUUGCCAAAAAGACGCAGGAGAUGUUAACGACCAGAGAUAACAUUCAGGGGCUGGAGGAGGAAAUUGCAGCAGAAAUCGAACUCGUCGAGAAAUCUUCCAGCAAGGAUCGCAUGAAACACGAAGCGUUCCUGAAAGAGGCAUACAAGAAGCUCGCCCAGGCCAAAGAGAAACUUUCAGAGCUUGAAAUUGAAAAGAAAAGACUUGUAGAUCUGAUGGCAUCAUGUGAAAGCGAUCCAAAGAAAGAUGAAAUUGUUGCAGAAACGCCAGCGCCUUCUGGUGGGAAGAAAGAGGGAAAAUCAAACAAAAAGAAAUAAGUGAUGGAUAAAAUCAUGUUCAUUAAUACACAGGAAGGAUGCUAUUCAUAGUAAUAUUAUGUAUAAUAAAAACAUUUAAAGACAUAUUGAGAGAUGGGAUAUAUGUAAUUUUACAUGUUGAGUAAAAAUAAAUUUAAGACACUUAUAGAUGAGAUGGACUCAUAUUUCGUUAAUACCUUUCGUUUGUGAUAAAGCUUAGUAUUCCUAAAUGUGUUUUAUUUUAUAAACACUGAUUUGUUUCAUUUAUAAAGCCGCCGUCCAUUGCUGUAUUGUAUUGUGAUAUUCCAAGGUAUAUCUGUGAUAUUUGAUGCAAAGGUUGUUUUAUUGUUAUUUUCAAAUUCUAUUUUACUUUUUGAAAUCAACAUUUUAGCUUUUGUAUUUAAUAUAUUGCUAAUUAAUUUAUUAUGUUAAUUUUUCAUGACUCAGACGUUUUGUCCAUGUGUUUUUCCAAAUAAUGGUUGUUAAAGCAAUGUGAUAUCAGUAUUUUGUGGUGAUGGUAUUUUAGUCAGUUUUUCUGUACCUUUUGUGUUAUUGUUUUAGUAUAUAUUCAUUUUAUUAACUGUCAUGGUGAUCAAUUCAACUUCUUAAGGCAUUUCUGCUUGAGCGUAACAGACCUGGAAGAUACAAUAUCUAUUUUAUCUUCUUAUUUACUUGCAAUUUUUGUACAUAUAUCUUCAUGUUUGUGGAAUUUUUCUUUUUGUUGUGUUUUUGUGUGUCGAAUAUAUUUGGAGUUUUUUUUCAUUGUUUACAUGACAGUCUUCUAUGUAUUAUAAAGUUUCUACUCUGUUCUUUUUGUUAAUAGAAGCUGAAAAUGAUGGAAUAUUUGCAAUGUAAGGAUCCUUCUCAAAAGUCAUAUGUUCUUUCAGCCCUUGAUUUACAAUUAUAAAAUAUUACUUGAUUUACCAAUAUGUACAUUAAGUUUAAAUGCAUCCAAUGCUUCAGUUCAUGUUACUUUUUUCAUAAAUAUUUCACAAAUAAGUUUAUCAAAGCAUUUUGUUAAUUGUGUCACCGUUACAUGCACAGAUUUAAAAAAAUUGAAAUAAUAUAUUUGGCAUGCACAGUGAAUUGAAUGUAAUACUUGGUCUUCAUAUACAAUGUACUUGUAUUAAAAAAAUCUUACUACUCUUUUUUUUUUUUAAACGUAAGGUGAAAUUUCUAAAUGUUUGGGAAUGGUGAAUCACUGUUAUAUUAUUCAGUACAAAAGGUGUAAGAUUUACAUAAAUAGAUGUUUUUACAUCUGCAUCCAAAUCAUAGUUCAUUGUGCAUUAGAUUUGGAGUCUGCGUGUAUUGGUAAAUUCUGCUGUCUGGAUCACAUUUAUACAAAAAUUAAAUUUGAUAAAUUAUAUUACUUAAAUUGUUAUAAAAGUUUGUAGGAAAAGUAUUAGAAAUUGUACUUGGAAAAAUAUGUUGCUAUGUGAUAUACUAUUAUCUACAUGGUGAAUUCUAUUUGAGUGAAAUUGGUUACUGAUGUGCUGGUCACGUUAAGUCCAUGUAAAUUUUUAUAUGAGUGUACACAUUUCGAAUAUUUAAUCAAAACCCGAAGUUUUGUCCUAAUGGUAUAUAUUCUUUAUUACUGUUUGUAUAUUUGUAUCUUUUUAAAGGCCAGAAUCAAAAUGGUGACUUCUAGGACUUCUAUUGACGAGUAGGAUAAUCAACCUAUUUCUACACUUCAUAAGAGUUAAUUUAAUACCCAAAAUGUUAAUAACAAUUGUAUAAUGCUGUAUUCUUGUUGUAUAUUUGAGAGUUGUCCAAUAUUUUUUAAAUGUUAUGUUUCUACUUCGUAUAUUUUAAUAAAUUUAUUAAUUUUG